AUGUUCAUUCUCCUUUUCAUUUUCUUAUUCACCUAUGCAAAUUCUCAAUCUCAUUCUCAGUUAUACAAUCAUGAACAUGAAAUCCUAUUGAACAUAAAAAAACACUUUCAAAAUCCACCAUUUCUAACUCACUGGACAAAAUCAAACACUUCUUCACACUGUUCAUGGCCAGAAAUUGUUUGUGAAAAUGACUCAAUCACUUCACUUUCAAUGACUAACACAAACAUAACCCAAACACUGCCACCUUUUCUCUGUGACCUCAAAAACCUCACUCACAUUGAUUUUCAAUACAAUUACUUUCCUUAUGAGUUUCCAACUUUUCUUUACAAUUGCUCUAAGCUUGAGUACCUUGAUCUCUCGCAGAACCUCUUCGUCGGUAACAUACCGAACGAUAUCAAUCGGUUGGGUCGUCUGCAGUUCCUUAGCCUCGGGGCAAACAACUUUUCAGGUGAUGUUCCUAGGAGUAUUGGGAAGUUGAAGAGUUUGAAAAAUCUUCAACUUUAUCAGUGUCUGUUUAAUGGUACCAUUGCUGAUGAAAUUGGUGAUUUGUUCAAUCUUGAAAAAUUGUUUUUGUUCUCUAAUGGUAUGCUACCUAGAACAAAAUUGCCAUCUAGUUUUACAAAGUUGAAGAAAUUAAAGAUCUUUCAUAUGUAUGACUCCAACUUGUUUGGUGAAAUUCCUGAAACAAUUGGUGAGAUGGUGGCUUUGGAGGAUUUGGAUUUAUCAGGAAAUUCUUUUAGUGGAAAAAUUCCAAAUGGUUUGUUCACUUUGAAAAAUUUGAGUAUACUUUAUUUGUACAAGAACAAUCUUUCUGGAGAGAUACCGGAUGUGAUUGAAGCGUUCGAGUUAACAGACUUGGAUCUUUCGAUGAAUAAUCUCACUGGUAAAAUACCAGAUGGCUUUGGAAACCUCGUAAAGCUAACCUCCUUGGGUUUGUUUGUGAAUCAAUUAUCCGGGGAGGUUCCGGUAAGCAUCGGUCGGCUGCCAGCUCUGACUGAUUUUAUUGUUUAUCAGAACAAUUUAUCUGGUGAUCUCCCUCAAGAUUUUGGACGGUUUUCUAAACUUGAAACUUUUCAGAUUGGAUCUAAUAGUUUCAAAGGAAAUCUACCACAGAAUUUGUGUCAUUAUGGAAGGUUUGUUGGUUUAACUGCUUAUGACAAUAGUCUAAGCGGCGAGUUGCCGAAAUCUUUAGAUAAUUGUAGCAGUUUACAAAUUCUAAGAGUUGAGAAUAAUGAGCUUUCUGGUAACAUUCCUAAUGGUUUAUGGAGAUCUAUGAACUUGACAACAAUUAUGAUAAGUGAGAACAAGUUCACCGGUGAACUUCCGGAAAGAUUGUCGCAGAGUCUUUCCAGAAUUUCCUUAAGUUACAAUCAGUUUUCUGGUAGAAUUCCAAAUGGAGUUUCUUCUUGGAAGAAUGUAGUGGUGUUCAAUGCUAGCAACAACUUUUUGAAUGGAAGUAUUCCGUCGGAGUUAACAUCGCUUCCUCAGCUAACAACUCUUCUGCUCGAUCAUAACAAAUUCAUUGGUCGAAUUCCAUCGGAUGUAAUAUCAUGGAAGUCUCUAAUAAGUCUAGACUUGAGCCACAAUCAACUCACUGGAGAAAUACCAGAUGCAAUUUGUCGGUUACCAUCUCUUAACAUGUUGGACUUAUCAGAAAAUGAAAUCUCGGGCCGAAUUCCACCUCAACUCAUGAAACUCACAAAUCUAAAUCUUUCCUGUAAUUAUUUCACAGGGAGGAUUCCGAGUGAUUUCGAAAACCCUGUGUAUGACAGAAGCUUUCUGAACAAUUCUGGUUUAUGUGCUGAUACAUUAGUACUAAACCUUACUUUGUGCAAUUCUGGAACUGCAAGGAGAAGAAGUGAUUCAUCUACGCCUAAGGCUAUGAUCAUAAUCUUGGUGUUAGUCGCUUCUUUAACUGUUUUCUUGUUGAUUUUCUCGAUUAUCAGUUUUUACAGAAAAAGAAAGAGAGGACUGAAAAGGACAUGGAAGCUAACUUCUUUUCAGAGGCUCAGUUUCACAAAAUCAAACAUUGUGUUGUCGAUGUCAGAAGAUAAUAUCAUUGGUAGCGGUGGAUUUGGCUCUGUGUAUCGCGUUGCUCUUGACGACGGUUUAGGUUAUGUUGCAGUGAAAAAGAUAAGGGGGAAUAGCAGAAAGUUAGACCAGAAGCUUGUGGAUUCAUUUCUUGCCGAGGUUGAAAUUCUUAGCAAGAUCCGGCAUAACAACAUUGUGAAGUUGAUGUGUUGUAUCUCAAGUGAUGAUUCGCUACUACUUGUAUAUGAGUAUCAUGAACAUCAGAGUCUUGAUAGGUGGCUGCACAAAAAGAAUAAGACAUCAGUUGCGUCCGGUACGGUUCAUCAUAACAUCAUUGAUUGGCCUAAGAGAUUGCAUAUAGCCAUUGGAGCUGCACAAGGUUUGUGCUACAUGCAUAACGAUUGCUCCCCGCCUAUUGUUCACCGAGACGUGAAAACAAGUAACAUUCUUUUGGAUUCUCAAUUCAACGCAAAAGUUGCUGAUUUCGGUCUCGCCAGGAUACUGAUCAAGCCAGAAGAACUUGCCACCAUGUCAGCUGUGGCUGGCACAUUUGGAUAUAUUGCUCCAGAAUAUGCUCAAACAAUUAGAGUCAAUGAGAAGAUAGAUGUUUACAGCUUUGGAGUAGUUCUAUUGGAACUGACAACUGGAAAAGAAGCUAAUCAUGGAGACGAAUACUCGUCGCUUGCAGAAUGGGCGUGGCGCCAUAUUCAGAUAGGAACCGAUAUAGAAGAGCUUCUGGACGAAGACGCUGCUGAACCUAGUAACUUGAUUGAAAUGAUCAAUAUCUUCAAACUUGGGGUUAUGUGCACUUCAACACUGCCGGCUAGUAGACCAUCAAUGAAGGAAGUCUUGAAGAUAUUGAUCGGUUGCAGAGAUCCACAAGCCAAUGCAGAGAAGAUUGUUGAUAUUUAUGAUGAUGCUCCACUUCUUAAGAAUUUGAGAUGGGAAAAGCAGGUGGAAUAUUCAGAAUAA